CUAAAAUGUGCUUGACUGAAUCAUCCCACCAUCCCAAAUUCCCAAGCUCUCCUCGACAACACAUGUCAGAUUUCGCAAGAUUGGGUCGUGUUCAGAUCGAUUCCUACGCGUUUCGACUUGCUUUCGGCUCUGUCGCGCUGGCCGCGAUGCUCUGGUCUGCUGCUUAUCAAUGAGAAAUCCUCUUCCUUAACUUCACGCCACCACAUUCGCAAUGGCUGCCAGCAACACGAGUUACAAGCAGUUGAAGGAGGAUUUUGUGUCUAACCUCUCAGGAGGCUCAAUAUCUGAGAUUAACUAUGUGACAGCUGCUGGGCCUGUCGCAUUCGUGCUAUGGUCCGUCCUCCAGUCGCGACAAUCCUUCUUCAAGCCAUACAAACCCCUGAGUUUCCUCGUCGACCUCUUUCUCAACGUUCUUGCCCCUUUACUCGCCAUGACCCUUUAUGCCGAUACGCCUUUGUUGCUAUGUGGUCUGUUCGUUGUACCGGCAAUCUUUGUUUAUGCUCUCCCCCCGAACCCAGUCAUCGCAAAAAGGAAAAAGCCUAAGCUUCCACCAGCUGCGCAAGGCCAGAGCAGGCCUUCUAGCUCUCUAACAGCCCUCUCUACAAAGCCAUUCUUGACAACAUACAGGGGUUCGUUGCUAGUCUUGACGUGUCUUGCUAUACUGGCCGUUGAUUUCAGGCUAUUUCCACGGCGUUUUGCCAAGGUUGAGACCUGGGGCACGUCUAUGAUGGAUUUGGGUGUCGGGUCGUUUGUCUUCUCGGCUGGCAUUGUGGCUGCUCGGCCGUUGCUGAAAGAAAGAGCCGAAAACCGAACCACCCCGCUAUCUCAGCGUCUUAUCCACUCAAUGCGGCACUCUUUGCCGCUUCUUGUCCUAGGUGUAGUGCGCCUCAUUACCGUCAAGGGGCUUGACUAUGCCGAGCAUGUGACUGAGUAUGGUGUUCAUUGGAACUUUUUCUUUACUCUUGGCUUCCUUCCUCCGUUUGUCGCUAUCUCCCAGUCUGUGCUCAAGGUGAUGCCAUCCUACGCCUCUCUAGCUAUAUUUCUAGGCCUCGUAUACCAGAUUCUCCUUGAGUGUACGUCUCUUAAAGCCUUUAUUCUUACUGCGCCCCGGACAGAUCUUCUCUCUAUGAACAGAGAGGGCGUUUGCAGUCUCGUGGGCUACCUGGCCAUCUUUCUAGCUGGGCAAGAUAUGGGAAUGUUUAUCUUGCCGAGAAACUUGAUUUCAAGUCACAACGCGAACAAUGCCACUCAGCGAACUACUCUCUUAAUACGGAUGGGUAUCUGGGCUGCUGCAUGUACCACAUUGUAUUUCUUCGCAACCCAUUUUAAAUAUGGCGCAGGUUUGGACGUUUCUCGACGCUUGGCCAACUUGCCUUAUAUUCUAUGGGUUGCUGCCUACAAUUCGGCGCAGCUAUUGGGCUUCUGUUUUGUAGAGACUGUAUUUUUCCCGGCCUUUCAUCAUUCCACCGAUUCCAAAUCUGAACAAGAAGCGUACUAUGCAGCCACAAGCACAGUGCUACGAGCUUACAACCGGAACGGCUUGGCUCUUUUCCUUCUUGCGAAUCUGGCGACCGGACUUGUUAAUAUGACAGUGCCCACGUUGGAUGUAGGACCGGCAGUUGGCAUGGGAAUCUUAGUCGGGUAUGCUACUACGCUCACAGCUACUGCUGUGGCAUUGGAUGUUUGGAAUUUAUCAAUCAAAUUGUAAAAUGAAGGAAUCUAUUGAAAUGUUAAGAAUCACUUCGUUUCGCCCCUACCAUUGUCCUAAUGUCGAAUUCGUCGCAUAACUCCAAAACAAAGAAUACAAUAAAACUAAAGAGUACCGAUUAGUUUAAACAACCGACGCUGAUACACUCCCCUACGAG